AUGCUACUGGAUCCUGCACCUAUGGAUGUAAGAAUGGAUUUUAUUCAGAAAAAUGUGAGAAGAGAUGUAGUGCGUCGUGUCCAUCGGCUUGCAACAGGAAAUCCGGGCAAUGCGAGGGUCCCUGUCCAAAUGGUAUGUAUGGUCAUCAUUGCAAUUUCACCUGCAAUCGAACCUGCAAAAAUGGAUGCCGUAAAACCGAUGGUUUAUGUACUUCUGGAUGCAUUGACGGGAAAUUUGGAGCCGACUGUCUCCAGACUUGUGGUGGUUGGUGUAUUUCUGGGUGUAACCAACUCGAUGGGAAUUGUUUUUGCAAAGAAGGCUGGAAAGUUGUUCUUUGACAAUGAAACUCCAGCCAAAUCUCUUAAUGACCGACUAAUUUGCAUCGUUUUCUUUAACACAGAAUGUAGUCAAACACGUCAUGGACAAGAAUGUGAAAAGCAAUGUAGUCCAACUUGUUUAAAUGGAACGUGUUUCUCAAACAAUGGGUCGUGUAAAGAUGUCUUCGAUAGCAAUGUUAAUAAUGACAAAACUAGUCCAGCAAUCAACCAGGCGUCUGCAAGCAUUACAAACACAGAAGUUUAUCCAGUUUUGUACGGUGUAAUUACUGUUCUAAUCAUGAGCGUUAUUCUCAAUAUAUUUUUGAUUGUGAGAAAUAUCAGACAAAGAAGAUAUAAUACACCAGACUUAAACAGGGAUCAUAAUCACGCCAAUUCAACAAUAGAUGCAAGCUCCACUAUACAUGAGAGAACAGAAGAUAACACCAACUAUGAAGAACGUCGACAAUCAAGUGGACCUCCUCUUUAUGAGGAACUCAAAUGUAUUUAA